GGUAGCAUACUUUUUGUGCGAAUUCGAUUACGUUUAUUCUGUUCCGUUCAUUCCAAUUUUGUUAUAGAGUGUGGUAGGUCGACUAAAGAAGUUCGGAGGCUAGAAAUUUGUGAAGUUAACAAAAAUUAUAUGUGAAGAAUUCAAAACAAGUUGAAUAAAUCUUUAACAACUAAUAUAUAUGAAUCAGUAAAGUAGUGAUGGCAAAAAGUACAAAAUAAUAAUUACAUAAGCGAAUAAUAAAGAAAAGCACAAAACAAACUGGAAAAAAUGAAAAGAUAAUUUUAAUUUGAAACAAAAUUAAAAGUUGGAAAAAAAACGAAGUCAUAAAAUAAAAUAAAACGGAUCAGCUGUCUAUCUCGCUUAGUGUUAUUUCAUCAUCUUUUUGAGUAGACACACAUGAGAAGUACGGUGUGUACCAUUGAAAAGCAACGGAAAAAUUAGAAAUUUGAAAAAGAAAAAUAUAUAUAAGAAUAGCAACAAUUUAUACCAGAGGAAGAUGUACAGCGCGUCUACGAGUGGAAUAAACAUUAAAAAUUCUAACGAAUUUUUAGAACACAAAAACAAAGAAUCUAGUUGCAAUUCCGAAAAUUUAGCCAAAGAAAUUUGUACUAAAAUUAAGGGAUUUCUUUGAUUACAAUUUUAAAUAGCAUCACCACCAUAUAUAAUAUAUUUUUGCUUCUAAGACCAAAGAAUUUAAUUUAGUAGCAGUUAUAGUUUUUGGUAUGUCAAUCAACAAACAAAAAUAUCAACAAAAAUUACGCGCACAAAUGUACGAAGUAAAUUUUUGAUCAUAAAAUUGUUAAUAACAAUAAUACAAAAUAAAUUACCAGGAUAAUUAGCAAAAACAUUAUCCGGAAAUAAGGAAAUACACACUAUAAAGUGAUAUCUCGUCUACUCAAAAAUAAAAUUCACACACAGCACUUAUUAAGCUUAAAAGAGCUAAGGAGCAAGCAUUUCCGCUAUUUAUUUUUAUACGUAUUUUGAAAAUUAUUUUAUAUAAGAAGUUACAAAUUAAAAAAUUCAAAAAUGCCUUCAAUCAAUUCAAAAACAAUAACACCGAAAGGUCUAGGCAAAUAUAAUGUCUUCUCACAUGUCAAAUAUGAGCAUUUAGUAGCAGGCAUAUCUGGAGGUGUUACAUCAACUCUGGUUCUACAUCCAUUGGACUUAAUAAAAAUUCGUUUUGCUGUUAAUGAUGGCCGUACGGCAGCAGUACCACAAUAUCGCGGUUUGGGUAGUGCCUUUAGCACAAUAUUUCGGCAAGAGGGUUUCCGUGGUCUAUACAGAGGUGUAACACCAAAUGUCUGGGGUUCGGGCUCAUCAUGGGGUUUAUAUUUUAUGUUUUACAAUACUAUCAAGACCUUCGUGCAGGGUGGUAAUACCACACAACCACUUGGUCCGACAAUGCAUAUGUUAAUAGCAGCUGAAUCAGGUGUACUUACACUUCUACUGACAAAUCCCAUUUGGGUUGUAAAGACACGUUUAUGCCUACAGUAUGGUGGAGAAAAUGUUGCAGCUGGCAGUAAGUCCGCAGUGGAGUAUCGUGGCAUGGUGCAUGGUUUGUCACACAUCUAUAGAGAGGAAGGUGUACGCGGUUUAUAUAGAGGCUUUGUUCCCGGCAUGUUUGGUGUUUCUCAUGGAGCACUACAAUUUAUGGUCUAUGAAGAGUUGAAAAAUAAUUACAAUGAAUAUAGAAAAUUACCAAUUGAUACGAAAUUAGCUACAUCAGACUAUUUGGCAUUUGCUGCUAUCUCGAAGCUGAUUGCUGCUGCUACCACAUAUCCAUAUCAAGUAAUCCGUGCGCGUUUACAGGACCAUCACCACAGCUACACAGGCACCUGGGAUUGUAUUAAGCAAACUUGGAGAUACGAGGGUCUAAAAGGCUUUUACAAGGGUGUAAAACCAAGUAUGAUACGUGUUGUACCAGCUUGUAUGAUGACAUUUGUAGUUUAUGAAAAUGUGUCCGCACAUCUAUUGAAAAGACCUCCAAAGGAAGAACUAAAAUAAUAGUCAACGUUGUGAAUAAAGUAGAAGAAAUAUAACUAAUAGAAAAAGCAAAAGUAUAUGCUUUCACAAAAAGCUGAAUUAAUGCCAAAUAACUAUAACUAUGAAAUAAAGUACAAUAUAUGUUAAUAUCAAAUAAAAUACGCCUCCGAUGAUAGUUGUAUCUACAGCAAACCACUACUUAGAAACGAUGAUCAAAACCAAAAUACUGAUUUCGUGUGGAGAUAUCAUCAGAUGGCACUGCUGAUGAUUAUCUCUAUUUUGUGCUAUGAAAUAAUAUUAAAAUAAUUGCAUGUUUUUGUUAUAUAUUGAAAGUGUGAAUGAAUGUUUAUUAUGACUAAAAAUAUAUUUUUUAAGAUAUACUGAUAAGAUUUGUCUGCAAUUGCUGAGCGAUGCACAAAAUAAAAAAUGUAUUAAUUAGGCUUGUUAAAUUUGG